AUGUAUGGAGACUCAGGAAAUAAGUUGGUACAACAUGCGAAGCUCAUGGCGAAGCUCGACCACGUGCCUUCGUAUCAAAGCGAUCUAGUUCGCAGUGUUGUACACGAAGUACAUGCGCUUGAUCAGAGCGUAAACCGGAUUCUUUCAAAUGUUUCCGGCUCAUUUGAUCCAUCAGCAAAUCCAGCGCAGGCAGCUACGCUACUUGUCAACCAUCUCAGUCUUCGUCGCAAUAAGCGUUGCUUGCUUGCGUAUCAUCGCACGCGCGCUGAAAAGCUCAAGGCACUGGUGUGGCAGGAGAGUGACGGAAUUGAUAUGGUGCCGGUCGCUGUAUCGCCGGGGGCCACAGGGGGUGAGGCCUCAGAGCCAUCUGCCUCCCGUCAUAGUCUUAGCCCAGAAGAGGAGGAGUAUAUGCGCCAAUUUAGUGAUUUACUCGCAGCACUCAAGGGUCAAUGGACAGAUAUUGACUUGACAGGCUCGUUGGAGCCGCCGCGCGAUCUUUUCAUUGACGUGCGCGUACUCAAAGAUGCUGGUGAAAUUCAGACCGAGUAUGGAUUACUAAUGAGAGCUUCACACAGUACAAUUAAUCUCAGCAAAAACUCUCAGUUCUACGUUCGCCAUGGUGAUGUCGAGCGUUUGAUUGCACAAGGCUAUCUUCAAAAUCUUAGCUAA